AUGUCUGGCCUGCAGCCCAUGGUACUUGCGCAGUUUCCUCUGGCCAAGUAUUCUUAUGCCGAAACUUCCUCGGACCAACAUGGCCCGAUCAACUGGACUCAUGUGCACUCCAGUGACCUGAACGUUGUUUUUGAGAAAGAGGAAAUGACCACACCCUCCAUGGCCUCCUUUCAACAGAGACUCACGUUGAGAGUCGUCCGCGGGCGUGAGCAAUUGGAAGACCUCGAUCUCAACAACCUAGCUCGAGAAGCUACGCAGCAAGCGAUCGCCAGGCAGACAAGGAAUACCAAGCCUUCAGUUGCUGUCCUGGUGAAAGAUCCAUGCCUGGCUGUUCGGUUCCCGUCCGGGAGAGACCAGAUGCAUCGUUUCCAAUUGAAAUUUUCCUCGAGCAGAGAUUACCGUGGUGCAUUGGAAAUUCUGAGGGAAAUCAACUGCCCAUUCAGCGAAACACAGAGAGAUCAUAAUCUACGAUCAGCAAGUUCUAGGCCGGAUUCAUCGACCUCACGGAUAACAAACUCUACAAUUCCGGCUUUUACUGGGAGCGUUGAUUGGGGCCAAUAUACUGCUGCCCCAGCCAGCAACCGACCUUGGAGUCAAGGAUUGUUGAGGAGUCACACAGCAACAUUGGGAGCAUCCUCUCCGAAUUCGUUCCUGUCUGAUCUCCAUUCUCGAAAUGACAUUACUACGGCAAUCACUAAUCUAGACAGAUCCCAAAAAGACGCAUCAGGCGUACGUUCAAUUUCACAGAUUGCAGACCAUCGGAAUCAAGAGUUAGGGAGGCCUAUCACAGCCCCGAAUUUUGACAGUCAAGCUCUAGACCAAGUGUUACCACCGAAGAGGGACCUCCCCUUUUCCAAACCCGGACCACGUUCCUCGCACGUAGCGAACCAGCUCUCAAUAACCGGGUCUUCUCGACACGGACUUCCUCCUGAACCAACGUCAGAUUCUCGGGACAUGAACACCGUUUCUAGCAUAGUGACUGCGUCGCCGCGUCCGCAUACUGCACGGUCACGAGUAACAGUUCCUGCAACUAGUUCACCUGCUCGACAACUUCGCUUGGAGCUAGAAGACAGUCGGCGGAGUAGCACCAGUCAAGACCGAGGACCGAUACCUGCGUCUUCUCCAGUACUUGGCACUUCUCUCCUUGGAGUCUCUAGUCCGGAUAUAAAUAACACGGAAUUGCAUUUCAAGGCCACUGCUCAGUCCCCACUAAGAAAUCUAACCAAUUCAUCUCCUCUCGCGCACGACAGUCAAUCAGUACCUCAGCAGCAGCAGCAGCAACACCAACAAUCGCAACAGCUCAACAUCGUCAAUCCAUACCUAGAUAGUAACAGUAAUAACAACAAUGGAACGACACCGCCAGUCACGGCUACCACCAUGUCCUCAGUUGACUUUUCUGCCUAUCUCACAACACCAGAAUCAGAACGCUCGCAGUUGGUCAGCAACUGGAUAUGCCAACAACUCGAAGACGACGGAUUUCGAGCUCUGUGUCAGGACGUGGAAAGGGUAUGGCAGCGGAUUGCAUUUGGAACUCGAAGUAGGUGA